AUGUCGUCCAUCCCCGAAGCCGUGGUCAGCUCUGUCAAGAGCCUUGGCCUGAACGGCUCCUCUGCUCACACCAAUGGCACCCUCGGCGAUGUUGUCGUCAAAAACAUCUGCUGCGUAGGUGCCGGUUACGUCGGUGGUCCCACCGCUGCCGUUGUCGCCUUCCAGAACCCUCACAUCCGAGUUACCGUCGUCGACCGUGACGAGACUCGCAUCCGUCGCUGGAACUCAAAACACCCUCCCAUCUACGAGCCUGGCCUGCGCGACAUUGUCCGCAUCGCCCGCGAUGGUGGCCGCCAGGCCUCGUUCGCCAGCAAGCCCGAGGCCGAAGGCCAGGACGCCACCGUUCAGGACCGUCCCGCCAACCUCUUCUUCACCACUGAUGUCGGCAAGAGCAUUUCCGAGGCGGACAUUGUCCUGGUGGCCGUCAACACCCCCACCAAGUACCGUGGUGUCGGUGCUGGCAGCGCGACAGACAUGACUGCUUUCGAGGCUGUCACUGGUGUUGUUGCUCAGUACGCCCGCGAGGGCGCCAUCAUCGUCGAGAAAUCGACAGUUCCUUGCCGGACCGCCCAGCUGGUUGCGGAUACCCUCUCCAUGCACCGCCCCGGUGUUCACUUUGAGAUUCUCUCCAACCCCGAGUUCUUGGCUGCCGGUACCGCCGUCGGCGAUCUGCUCUACCCCGACCGCAUCCUGAUCGGUUCUGCCCCCACCGAGUCUGGCAAGAAGGCGGCCGAGGCCCUCGUCAAGGUCUACGCCUCAUGGGUGUCUCGCGAGCGCAUCCUGACCACCAACGUCUGGUCUUCUGAGCUGGCCAAGCUGGUCGCCAACUCCAUGCUCGCCCAGCGCAUCUCGUCCAUCAACUCCAUCUCUGCCGUCUGCGAGCAGACUGGUGCCGAUGUGGACGAGGUCGCCAAGGCCGUCGGUGUCGAUCCCCGUAUCGGCAACAAGUUCCUCGUCGCCGGUAUUGGUUUCGGUGGCAGCUGCUUUAAGAAGGAUGUCCUGAACUUGGUCUACCUCGCGGACACCAUGGGACUCCCCGAGGUCGGCGAGUACUGGCGCCAGGUCGUCAAGAUGAACGAGUACGCCCGUGACCGUUUCACCAACCGCAUCAUCAAGUGCCUCAACAACACCCUUGUCGGCAAGAAGGUCACCAUCCUUGGCUUCGCUUUCAAGAAGAACACCUCCGACACCCGCGAGGCUCCCGCUCUGGAGAUGAUCAAGACCCUCCUCGAGGAGCGUCCCCGCGAGAUCGCCGUGUUCGACCCCUGCUGCAACCCCCUGGUUGUCAAGGAGGAGAUCAAGCUCCUGCUCGGCCCCGUCGCCGACCAGGGCAACAUCCACGUCUACGGCAACGCCAUUGAUGCCUGCAACAACAGUACCGCCGUCGUCAUCGCCACCGAGUUUGACGAGUUCCGCAACCAGCCCGCCCCCACGCCUGCCCCUGUCGCGGCCGGCGCGCCCGUCGCCAAGAUGCUCGGCCGCAAGCCCAACCCCAAGGCCGAUCCCCGCCCUUUUGUCAACCCCAGCGUGCCCACCGAGAACGACUUCCUCGCCCUCCACAAGCACCUGGUCCAGCUCGACGGCCAGGACAACGACGACCCUCUCGACCGGUACAACGUCGAGCCCGACUGCCCUGAGGACUGCCCCGACUGCAAGCAGUACCGCGAGAGCAAGGACACUGGUUUCGCGACCGGCAUGGGCAGCGCAGAGGAGUACAAGCCCCGCGAGCGGAUCGACUGGGUGCACAUUGCCGACCACAUGGCCAAGCCCCGGUGGGUCUUUGACGGCCGUGGUGUCAUUGACUCGCGCGAGAUGGAGAAGCUGGGUGUGCGCGUCGAGUCCGUCGGUCGCCAGCACCGCUUCUAA